UUGAAACCAAACAAAAAACAGGAUUGGUAAUAAAAUCUCAUAAAAAAAUAGAAGUUGAAUGUGUGGCAAUCUUUAGACCUCUAGAACACGUAAUCUAAUUGCAAACGGUUCCGACACUGACCCCAACAUUUAUGGAAGAAUCAACCACCUGUUUUUAAUUUCAAGUCCCUUCCUUCUUUCAAUGCUUCACCUUCCUCGUUCAUCUUCCAUCUCUUUUUUGCCCUUUUUCCCUCUCUCUUGAGAUUCAGAUUUCUUGAUUCCACAACCCAAAACGAGAGCUUUGUUUGGAAUUCAACCCGAUUCUUAUCAACCCAUUUCGCUAAUUCUCAGCUCAAUGGACUUGAACUCGUGUUCUUCUCCGACAACCAUCCCCGUCGUCUCCACCUUUGCCUCGCCGUUCGACGAUGGUCCGGCGAAUCCAUCCGCCGUCAACGGGUCGACCCGGAAACCGUUGAGCUUGUGGCCGGGGAUGUACCAUUCGCCGGUGACAGCCGCCCUCUGGGAGGCUCGGGCCAAGAUCUUCGAGAGAUUGCUCGACCCACCUAAAGACGCGCCUCCUCAAAGCGAACUGCUCACGAAGACGCCAUCGCAGAGCAGAACUAGUAUUCUCUACAAUUUCUCCACGGAUUACAUUCUGCGUGAACAGUACAGGGAUCCCUGGAACGAGGUCCGUAUCGGGAAAUUGCUCGAAGACCUUGAUGCUUUAGCUGGUACCAUCUCCGUUAAGCACUGUUCUGAUGAUGAUAGCACAACAAGGCCACUGUUGCUGGUGACGGCUUCUGUUGAUAAGAUCGUUGUUAAGAAGCCCAUAAGUGUAGACAUUGAUCUGAAGAUAGUUGGUUCUGUGAUAUGGGUUGGCCGAUCAUCUAUCGAGAUUCAGCUUGAAGUCAUACAAUCCAAACCAGAAGGUCUUGAUGGUUCGGAUUCGGUUGCUCUGACAGCCAACUUCAUAUUCGUGGCUCGUGACUCUAAGACUGGUAAGGCUGCACCCGUGAAUCGGCUCUCCCCAGAAACCAAACACGAGAAGCUUCUGUUCGAGGACGCUGAAGCUAGAAACAAUCUGAGGAAAAGGAAGAGAGGAGGAGACAAAAGGGAGUUUGACCAGAUGAAGUACAAGAGGAUCGAGUCUCUGUUGUCUGAAGGAAGGAUCUUCUGCGACAUGCCAGCCCUUGCAGACAGAAACAGCAUUCUUCUGAAAGACACCCGUCUCGAGAAUUCUCUUAUAUGCCAACCACAACAGAGGAACAUCCAUGGCAGGAUCUUCGGAGGGUUUUUGAUGCACAGAGCAUUUGAGUUGGCCUUUUCAACAGCUUAUGCCUUUGCCGGAUUGGUUCCAUGCUUUCUAGAAGUCGAUCACGUCGAUUUCCUACGACCAGUGGAUGUCGGGGACUUCUUACGCUUCAAAUCAUGUGUGCUGUACGCACAACUCGACCAGCCAGAUCAUCCAGUCAUCAACAUUGAGGUCGUUGCUCAUGUUACAAGACCUGAGAUCCGAUCCAGUGAGGUUUCAAAUACAUUCUACUUCAAGUUCACUGUUCGUCCAGAGGCAAAGGUCACAAACAAUGGGUUUAAGCUUAGAACUGUAGUUCCCGCAACAGAGGAGGAGGCUCGCCAUAUUCUUGAGCGCAUUGAUUUGGAAGCAUUGGACAUCACCAACAAGCAACACGUUGUGUGAUGUUCUGAAAAAGCUAUUUAUAGAAAGACUUCGAAAUCUUCUGUUCUGAACAGAAUCUCAGUUCAUAUUUAAUACAAAACUUCUCUGACCUGAAA